AUGGAAGGUUUUAAUCUUCGUCAUCCUUUAAAUUUAUUAGCAAAUGAAUGGAUUUCUCAUUUUCCUGUUAAUAUAUUUAACUCUUCACUUAAUUUUUUACGUAUGAAUGUUCAAUCAUUUUUUGAUAGAUGUAAUGAAUCUAAAAAUGAUAUUAAACAUUGGAGUAUUGCAUUUUUUAAUAAAUCAGAAUAUCCUGAAAUUAAAAAAAUGUUUAAAAAACCAAAUGAAAGAAAAAAACAUUUAAGUAAAGUAACACAACAACAAACACCACAGAAAGAACUUAUUAAUAAACAAAAAAUUGAAAAAAAAUCAAGACUAAGUGAAACAUCAAAAAAGAAUAGAAAAUCACAUUAUUCUAUUCAAAUUAAAAAUGGUGUUGAAGAAUUUAUGUUAAAUAAAUCAAAAGGAAAUCAUAUUGGAGGAAAUAUUGUUAAUUCACUUGCAAAACAAAAUGGUGUUGAAAAAUCAAGUAUUAUUAAAGAUCUUAAAGAACAUGGAAUUACUCUUCAAAGAGUUAAAUUAAUUAAAUUAAAAUAUGAUAAAUCUUGGAAAGAAGAAUGUGAAAAAACAAUUCAAUUAUUUGAUUAUUCAAUUUUUAAUAUAUUACAAAUUCAACCAUUUUUAGAACUUAUUUAUUGUAUUGAUCAAAUAGGAAUUGAAUAUAAUUCAUUAUCUCUUAAUGAAACAGAAAUAUUUACUUAUUCACAAACAUCUGAUCCUGUUCAAAGAACACGUGAUAGUUUUGAUGAUUGUAUUAUUGGUUGUAUUAAUGCAAGAGGAGAAAUAAUUCAAACUAUUACUUGUUGUGAUAAAUUUACUUCAGAACAAUUAUCAUUGAUUUAUCCUAAUAACUGUUUUGAAAUUGGUGAUGAUUUUCAAUUUACUAAACAAUUUCUUUGGAAAUGGUUUAAUGAACAAUUUAUUAAAAAAGUAAAUCAAACUCGUGAAAAACUUCAAUUAAAACAACAUAAAGAAGCUUUUGUUUUUCUUCAUCCAUUUAAUUCUCAUUUUAUUGAUCAAAAUAUUUUUGAGAAGAAUAAUAUUAAACCAAUUUAUAUUUCAUCUCCAUUAUUUGAUUUAAUUUCUCCAAUGAAAUUAAUUAAUUCUAAAGUAUUACAAGAAAUUAUUAUUAAAAAUAUUUCUACUAAAAGUAUGUUUUGUUUUAAUGCUUUAUAUACUAUUUGGGGAAUGUCUGAAGAAACUAUUCAAUCUUCUUUUCAACAAUUUUUAAAUUCAAAACCUCAACAAAUUGUUUCUUUAAUUCAAAAUAAAAUUGACCCUUUUAUUUUACCUCCAAUUAAUGAUCGUAUUACUCAUUUUUCUUUUGCUCAUAUGAGUAGAGCUAAUGCUGAUAUUCUUCGUUCUAUUAUGGAUACUCCUGAAUUUAAGAAUAUAACAACAAAACCAAUUCAAUAUUUAUUUUUUACUUCAAAAAUUCCUUCUCUUAUUGAAUUAGUGAUUCCUUGGUUUACUUCUUCUAAAUAA